AUGUCAACGCUUGCCGAAAAACCUCUUGCAGAUGAGACCAAGCUAGAUAAUGGCAGUAUCGAGAGCCAACCAGUUGUGCAAGUUUAUGAACAUGACGAUAAGGAAAGAAGACUAGAGGAAGGUGGGAACUUUCUUGACCGGAUCGGGCUCAAGUUUAAUGCCGAGAUUAGAGGUGUGGAAAGGGUCCCUGAAGAUAAGCGAGUCGAUAGAAACUGGACUUCGCCUUUGACAAUGUUCCUUUCGCCCAACAUGUCUAUUGCAGCUUUGAGUACUGGCAUGUUGGGACCAACCUUCUAUGAUCUUGAUUUCAGAACAUGUAUUCUAGUGAUUGUCUUUUGGUCCAUUAUUGGGGCCAUGCCAGUGGGUUUCUUCGCUACUUUUGGAGCAAAGUUCGGUCUUAGACAACAGAUCCUUUCGAGGUAUUUUGCCGGGAAUGUCAUGGGUCGUAUCUUUGCCUUGUUUAAUGUCAUUUCGUGCUGCGGUUGGAAUGCUGUCAACAUUCUUCCCUCGGUGCAGAUGCUAGCAUCAAUAGGCCCACUCCCACCAUGGGCAGGGUGCUUGAUUCUCGUGGUAAUCACAUGUUUCGUUGCACUUCUCGGUUACAAGGCGAUUCACUUGUAUGAACGGUAUUCGUGGAUCCCAAAUCUAGCGAUCUAUUUAGUGAUAAUCGCUAGGUUGUCAAUGCUGAAGAAUUUCACUUGGGGCACUAUGGUAGGCGGUAAACAACAAGCAGGAAACGUUCUUAGUUUUAUUGGCGUUGUCUUUGGAUUUACUGCUGGUUGGUCACCCUCUUCAGCUGACUACUUUGUGUAUAUGCCUGCUGAUACUCCAUCAUGGAAGAUUUUCACUUGCAUGGUGGUUGGACUUAGCACUCCAUGUAUCUUUACCUUGAUCCUUGGAGCAGCAUGCGCUAUGGGUACAUUGACAGAUCCGACUUGGAAAGCGGCGUUUGAUGAUAACUCCGUGGGCGGGUUGGUUAACAUGAUCUUGAAUGUCAAUAACCUUCACGGAUUUGGCAAGUUCUGUAUGGUAUUGUUAGGGUUAUCGUCUAUUGCCAACAACUUACCGGGGUCGUACUCAUUGGCAUUAGCAGUACAGGCGAUAUGGCUGCCGUUGGCCAGAUUCCCUAGGUUAGGCUGGUGCUUGAUAGGGAACUUUGUAUCGCUCGGGCUAGCGAUCCCAGCGUAUUACGUGUUUUCAGAAACCAUGAGCAACUUUCUAAGCAUCAUCGGCUACAAUGUGGCUAUCUACCUCGGUAUCUCACUUGCGGAGCACUUCAUCUAUAGAAGAGGCUUUCAAGGCUAUGAUAUCACAAACUACAAUGACCGGGGUAGUAUUCCUGUGGGAUACGCUGGGAUCAGCGGGUUCCUUUUCGGGGUUGCUUCCACGGUAUUGCUGAUGAACCAAACAUGGUAUCAAUCAGUGAUCGCUCGCAAGUUUGGCUCUGGCGGCGGCGACAUUCUGUUUGAGCUAAACAUUGUUUUUUCGUUUGUGGGUUACAACCUUACAAUGUUGCCCUCUCGUCUUCGGCACUAUCUUCGACACGAGACCGUGCUUCUUGUGGUGGCUGCGCUUUCCUUAGUGCUUCUACUAUUGCAGUUGGCCGAGUACGAUGACCUGAGCAUCACUGAUGCCUUUCGUAAGGCCUCCUUUUCCUUAGGCCCAGACAAACUCAUCAACGGUGUGGGUAGUGGAGCUUACAUUGAACAGGAGGUGCUGCCUCUCCAUAGAUCCAUUCUUCUACCGGCGGGAUGGAAGUUCGAUAAGUCGUCACUCCGAAGACAUCUACAAAACUCUGCUAGUAGGAACUGGCGGAUCGUGCAGCCAAAGAAACCUCUACAACGCAGCCCGAAUAAGUCCAGAUCGAGAUUCGUGCCCCAUGAGCCUUUCACCUUGUUUCACUCGGCUGAAAACUUGCCCAAGGACCAGUGUGAACAUCGCCUUAACGAUACCAUUGAUAACUUGGAAGUGAACUCUCGUGAAACCCUUCCAGGUAACUUCACCCAUAUUCUUCAAGUGUUGGUGGAGGAGCAUGAUGAAUAUAAAGAUCCUUACUACCAGGAAAUAUCCCCACUUUUCAUGAAAAGCACCAGGAUCGCUCUUGAUAAAGAGCUCGUUAGUGCCUUCUGGUACCGUUUAUCGGGAUCUUCCGUGUGGCUCAAGGAUCACAAUGUGCAUUUACUCGUCUCAAGAUUCCUUUACUCGGAGCAUAAGAAAAGGAAUGAUCCUAAAGCCAGUUUUGUCUUGGUACAAGUUUUUGAUAAAGAUUGGAAAGAGCUCAGAGACGUACAGCUUGUUUUCCCAACUAACAACCUUGACCAUCCUGAUGCUCCAGGUUUUGAUGCGGACGGUCAACGUUUCCAUUCAUACCGUUUCCCUCGUCUCAUGCCUAUCCCAUUCUUCAACGACUACGGAACCUCAGGAACAAAGUACUUGGGCCCAGAGGAUCCUCGUGUAGUGAUGAUAAAAAAUCCAAAGGGUUAUGAAGAGCCACUUAUCGUGUUCAAUGCUGAACAUCAUAAAAUGGUCAAGGACAAAAAUGGAAAAGAGGAGGAUAACAAAUUCCGCUCCAUGUUCAUUUCAAGACUUUUCCAAUUGCAGAAAGGCAAAGGCGGAGUCGAGACAAAUGUUCGACCUCUCACAGAUAGCAUGUACUUCACUAGGACUGAUGAGAUGGGUAUCAAGGGCUCUAAGCGGGCAAGAAAGGCAAAGAAUUGGACUCCAAUGAUAAGUGAUAUUGAUAGGGAAAAGAAUGGAGGUUAUGACACAUCUGUUCUUUUUACCACGCAACUCAAAAACUUGGCCGUUAUCAAGUGUGAUUUAUUUGAUAAACCGGGAGAAUGUGAAGAGGUUUACAAAAGAGAUGGCGAUCUCGGUGAGAUGCGUGGAGGAACCCCACUCUUGAGUGUGAAUUCUGUCUUCAGAGAAAAUGGCGUUGCCAUCGAUCAGAUGCUUCCGCCAGGAAGGGAGAUAUUUGUUGGCUUUGCAAGAGCCCACUUGUCGAAUUGCGGGUGUGGUUCAUCAUUCUACAGACCCAAUCUUAUGGUUUUAACAAAAGACGAAGUCACAACGACAGUCGACGAUGAAAAGGUGACCAAGUUCUUUUACAAGAUAUCGCAUAUUUCAGGAUUCUUAUCCUUGCAUGUCCCUAUUGACCCAUGGCACAUUGAUAAGCCAUAUGCCAAGUGCCAGGGAGUUAACGCGUUGAUUCCGAAUGGAGUCUCCGAUUGGCAAAUGGAGCCACUUGAUAUUGUCAAUGGCCAAUGGGCGGUCAAAGAUAAAAUGUCAAUUGCAUUUUCUGUGUCAGAUUUCAGUGUUGACCGGGUUGAGGUGAAGGGUAUUCUUCAAGCACUUCUUACCGUUGCUGAUAAGUCCCUCUUCUUAUCGCCUCCAGGUAUUAACCAGGAUGAGUUAGAGGCUUUCUUACCGCGUCUCAACCUGGAGGGCAAUCUCGACGAAGCAGUACCUGGCUACUCAAAUACGAAUGUCGAAUGCGCUGUCCAAAGUGGAAAGGGCUUCUGUAAGAAGUUUGGACAGUCGGAGCUGGUUAUUGAAGAUGAACACAGACAUGAAGACACCUCCAUUUACAAGGCCAUCUAUGAUAGCAAAGUGAAAGAGUACGACGAAGCAUUCAAAGAUGCCGAGAAUGAAAAAGGCCCAUUUUAUUGA